UGAAGGCGUUUUGUCUUUUGUGCCAAGCAGAAGAGUGGAGUCCGAUCAAACAGCGUCGUCUCUUCCCUCUUCCCCGGAUCCUUUUAAAAUUCCCUCCCGAACCUCUCCCCUUCUACCCUUGCCACCCUACCCACCCCCUGAACACUUUUCAAGGGACGGUUCGGACAUUCAGUCAGUGUCCAAAGACUCGCUUCCUUGGCCUAAUUAGUAUUUGGAUUUAGCUACAACAAUGGACUCAAGUCUGGUUGAAGGAGGACUUAAUGUCACCUUAACAAUCAGGCUACUCAUGCAUGGCAAGGAGGUUGGCAGCAUCAUUGGCAAGAAAGGAGAGUCCGUUAAGAAGAUGAGAGAGGAGAGUGGUGCUCGCAUCAACAUCUCUGAGGGGAACUGUCCAGAGAGGAUUGUGACCCUUGCAGGACCCACCACCUCUAUUUUUAAAGCCUUCUCCAUGAUUAUUGAAAAACUGGAGGAGGACAUCAGCACCUCAAUGACUAACAGUACGGCCACCAGCAAACCGCCAGUCACCAUGCGCCUCGUUGUGCCUGCUAGUCAGUGUGGCUCACUCAUUGGAAAAGGUGGCUGCAAGAUCAAGGAAAUUAGAGAGUCAGCAGGAGCUCAGGUACAAGUAGCAGGGGACAUGUUGCCCAACUCAACAGAGCGUGCCAUUACUGUUGCAGGGACCCCACAGUCCAUUAUUGAGUGUGUCAAGCAGAUCUGUGUUGUCAUGCUUGAGUCACCACCAAAGGGAGUCACCAUCCCAUACAGGCCCAAACCCUCAGGCUCUCCUGUAAUCUUUGCAGGUGGUCAGGCAUAUGCUGUCCAAGGGCAGCACGCCAUUCCACAGCCUGAUGUAAGUGAAGGGCCCUCUCUCACUAAACUUCACCAGCUGGCCAUGCAGCAGAGUCCCUUCCCCCUUGCACAUGGCAACCAGGGCUUCCAGGCUGGAAUGGAUGCCUCUGCACAAACUGGCUCUCAUGAGCUGACCAUUCCAAACGAUCUCAUUGGCUGCAUCAUUGGCCGUCAAGGCGCAAAGAUCAAUGAGAUCCGUCAGAUGUCAGGGGCUCAGAUCAAGAUUGCUAACCCUGUGGAAGGCUCAACUGACAGACAGGUCACCAUUACUGGCUCCCAUGCCAGUAUCAGCCUGGCUGAGUACCUGAUCAAUGCCCGGCUGUCUUCUGAAGCUACUGGACUCGCAGCCAACUGACAUGGAGGAUCUUCAUCAGCACCUAAUGUAACCCCGCCCCCUAAUUUUUACCAAGAGGUCCUUUAUUGAUCUUAAUGCAAAAAACCAAGUACUCUAUACUCACUUAUCUCCUGCUUUGGUUGGAUACCUACUCUGUUGUAAUGACACCAUUAUCAUGAUAUUGGUAUUUUAUUUAUUUAUUAUGUUUUUAAAGAUUUCUUCUGUUUUUGUUAUUUUUUCCCUUUUAUUUUGCUGUAUAUCUGUAUGAACUUGUUAGGUAAAGAGUUUUAGAAAAAUCUGAAAAGGCAUAAAUGUUUUUCUUAUGUCAGAUUUUUCUUAGAAAAUGUAAAAAUUAAGAAAAAAUACACGGUAACAUUAUAGAUGGACUGUUCUUUCCAUUUCUUUUAAAUAUGUAUUUAUUCUUAUUUAAUACACAGCUCCUUUUUUUUAAGAGUAGAGUGCAAUGAAUGAUAUUUGCCGCUUUCUUUUCAGAGCUGUACUUCCUAAAUGAGGCAUUGUGGGUUUAUUGGGUUUCAGCAGGUGUAAUUGAUCUCCAGUUGAAGAUGUAGAAACAACCUUAUAGUCAGAAGGUAAUUUCUGCUUUGUUACAUGCAGGUGCAAAGGAGAAUUUUAAAAGAUACAUAAUCGCUCACCUCUAAUUUACUGAGCAACUGUUUAGAGUCAUUCCUGUUUUUCCAUCCAUUAUAAUUUCUCAAUCAGGACUUUUUGAGCAUUGUUGUGUAUUGGACUAUGAUAUGGGUGGGAGGGCCUUGGUGAGCAGGGGUGGGCCUAAAUGAGAGAAAAAUAUUUUCUUUUUUCUGAAAUUACUAAGAUGAUGAUAACCUUGAAAUGUUUGUUUUAAAUAGAGAAAAUAUUUUUUUUAACUGCAGGGCUGGGGAAUGCUGCAAGGGGCAAAACUACAAGACAUAUUUGUCUUUAUAAUGCUGAGGUAAUAAAUUAUUAUUAACUAGAAGGAGAAAUAUAGAAUUAACACUAGUUUCCUGCUAUCCUUUUUGCCUGGGUCAGAUUUUAUUUUUAUUUUUUUUUAAAUGUUUUGCAGGAUGAAGAAACUCACGGUUUUGUGCACGUUUUCAAACUAUUGUAGAUCUGGGUGCAAUUAAAUUGUUAAAGAAAUGAAAUGCAGUAAUAAAAUGUGAAAUGCUUAAACAAU